UCUAAGUUGUUAUUAUAAUUAUUAGUCGUUGUUUAUCCGUCGUAGUGACAAUGCGGCUUCUGUGCAUAUAUUUGUUGUUGCAAACGGUAUCGACUCUAGCAGCUUUCAGAGGAUAUCAUGGAGGCUCCCGCGUGUGCGACCAAUGGAAAUGCCUGAACGGAAAAUUCAAUUUCACCGAAGUGUUACCACAAAAGGAUCGGUACAGUGAAUUCAUCAAGGGUCGUCUUCCAGCUGAAUGGCAUAUCCUUGCGGAUAAUGCUGUGGACAGGUGCUAUGAGUUUCAAACGAUGGAAAAAUACACUAAUACGUGUCCCGGACAGGGCUUGUUGCACUGUGUUAUGGAUAAAUUGAUUCAGGGCUGCCCGUUGGAGUACUGGCAGCAACGCGACGCCUGCGCGCCCGUGUCAAGUCUAGCCGGAAAUAACUACAUGUUUUCUCAAAGCCGGUACGAGAAUCUGCAAGAGAAUAUGCCGUUAGAAAGAAGAUCUGCUCAGUUUUUAGAAAAUUACUUCAAGUCCAAAUGCUGCGACUUGCCACAGCUGUUCAAUGACAGUUUGCUCAGUGAGUGUGGCUUCACUGAGAUGUUGCACUACAUCUAUCGCGAAGCGAACUUGAAAACGGCCUUUAGAAGUGGACCUAGUAUACAGGACGUAGCAACAAAGAGGGCAGAUGGUAACGUGGUUGGUGAGGUUUAUAAUUUCCAUAUGUUACCAGAAACUACAACUUCAGCUUCAAACUUCGAAUACGCUACUAUUACUGAUGAGGAGGGACAAGACGAUCAAAUCGAAGAGAUUCAAGAUCCAUUAGAUUGCUGCCAGCAAAUAGACGACUUCAUCCAACCCAACUGGAGAGCUGAAUGUGAUUUUGAACUGAAGUGGGAUUCCAAACACAGACUCACAUACCGAAACUAUAAUGACGAUAUACCAACAAAUACCAAACAGUGCAAAGAUCUGCCACCAGCGAUGUCUUGCGUCCUUAACAAUAUGGGUCUCUUGAACCAGUGGGGAUUCGUCAACCACUUCGGUAUGAAGAACAGAAUCCGGGAGUACAGUAACUACAGGCCAUCCUACCUGUAUGAAGUCCUCAAUGCUGCCUUUUUGUUUGCACCGUGGUAUGAUGACUUUUGCAACUCGCCGAGGAAACUGUUUAAUUUGCUCGAUGCAAUGUUGUUGGUAUGUGAUCUGUCAAAGCGUCGCACGAACCAUCAAUGCAAUAUAAUGUUCACGGAAAUAAGUAACUCCCUAUCGAAUACAUCGAGAGUAGCCCUCGAUGAAAUACAGAGGAAUUCCAACAGAGGCUCAGGAUACGUGUAUGAUGGAGGCUAUUCUUCACGAAAACUUCUAAAUAACCAACAAAGUACAAGACCAACGUUAUCUAGUAGUAAAGUAAAAUUUAAUACAACUUAUAACGCCAAAAGAUACGACUUUGGCGUGUUAGGUUUAUUAGGGACCCCGCCGCCAGUGAGUUUAAUAGAUUUGAAACCUAAAAACAAAACCUUGGUUCUGUUGCCAGUUUAUCAAAGGACACCAAAACAUGAUCCCUUGGCUAUUAAUUCUUUGCAUAAUGAUGGUGUUUUAAGGGGAUGAAAUCCGUGUAAGGCGUAGAACAAGCUAUAUAUAGAUUUUUGCGCGCCAAAGAAUAGAAUGGAAUCGGAAUAUUUUUUAUUCUAAUAAACUUUUACAAGUACUUUUGGAUCGUCAAUUGUGUCUACCAUCAAAUGCUUGUCUAGUCUAAGACAGAUCUAGAGAGCUACUUUGACUUUGGUCAGAUUUUAGUGCGAGUGGAAACGAGACAGAUAAUA